AUGUUCGACAGCCUGAAGGCUCGGAAAGUUCACUGUUUGACCAAAAUUCAUUGGAGCUGCGUAUCCUGCACGGGGGAGGCUAAAGUCGAAAACGAAUUAGGCGGUUCUGGAUUGAUAGUUCGUCGUCAAGGAAAGAGUGUCAUUUGUGAAGCCUCUAAAAAGCUUCUUCCUACGAGUAGCAGAGCUCUUCGAUAUACUGGUGGGGGAAAUGGGAAGAGUCGUCUACCUGCACAAUCACGUCAUAUUGCAUUCAUUGUCGGCUGGGUCAGAAAGCUGGAGAUAGAAGCGAUGCGAUAA